AUGGUUUACAGAUGUCGCAGGAAGACACCAGUUAUUACUCACCUCUUCUAUGCGGAUGACAUCAUCAUUUUCUUGAGAGCUCACAGAGAGGCGGUAGAGAAGUUGGUGGGAUGCUUGGAUCACUAUAUUGCCGUGUCUGGUCAGAUGGUGAAGAAUGGGAAGACACAUUUCUACUUGGUGGAUGAGUACAUGGAGUUUGCUGACAUUGUGGAGGAGGUUGGAGGUUUUCAGAGAAGGGUGAUGCCUUUCACAUACUUGGGGGUGCCGAUUUUCCAAGGGGCGAGGAGAGCAGACCAUCUUUUGCCCCUUAAGCAGAAGCUGAUGGACAGGAUCCACAGUUGGUCCCACCGACACCUUGCUUUUGGGGGUCGCCUUGCUCUGAUUAAGAGCAUGUCAGCCGCCAUCCCCCUGCACAUCUUACAGGUCAUGAACCCUCUGCUUGGCUUUCUGGAUGAGUUGGAGACUUCUUGCUCAGGAUUCUCUCUAGGCUCAGUUCAUGAUCCAGAAGUCACUUGUACGUGUUUGUGCUGGCCUGCAGGAUCACCCCAAUUCAUUGGAGGGGAUGUUCGCCGUCGGUUGAUUUCAUGUCUUCUUCUCUCAGACAGCGUGUUCUGCAGUCACUCAAGGUCCUAUGGCAUUCCCCUAAUGCUCCUUGGGUGA